AGGAACAUUUCAUUUACUCUCCAUACAGGUAUAUACACUCCUUUAAAUGCAGACGAAGUGACAGUAAAUACAUAUACAACUCCCUUCGAUCUGAACAGGCGUUUAGGUGCUUCCAAUCCCUCUAUGGAAACAAACUUAAACAGAUUCGUGCUAUUGGAAGUGGUUAAGGUUCUUGAAUCAUCCAAGGUGCAGGAGACGAUAUUAGCACAGAAAGUUAAGGCAAUGUUAUUUCAGAACAUUCCUCCAACAACAGAAGUCAACGAACCAUUUUUGACCAUUGAAUGUGGCAAGUACAAGACAGUGGAUGUGGAUAGAAAUGGUGCAGAAAGAUUGUUGGGGAAUGAUGAUUGUAGCGAGGGAGCGUUCCUGAUUCGUGAUGGGCAGAAUGCAAGAUGUGAGAGGGUUCUUAGUGUGAGACUAGUCGAAAAGGAAGUCGGCCAUUUUCGUAUAUACAAAGAUCAGGGUUCAAGAUAUUUUUUGCAUGGGACGUCAAAAUUUGAAUCUCUAGAUGAAUUAAUUGACAAUUACAAAGAAGAGGGUGACAUGCAUAUAACUUGUAACAAAAGAGAUUUCAAACUAGGUUCACCUGUGCACAUUUGAAUUCUAUCUAGUAUCUAGUCAAACAGUAAAC